AUGAUCCCACGGGUGCGAUGGCUAUCGACACCAGCCGCCCCUACUCGGGCCCGCCUCGGCCGACCCAGUAACCAUUUGCUGCUGGGGCUUGUUGGUCUCGCCAACGUCGGCAAGCUGACCUUGUUUCAGGCCAUCACCAAGCUGCCCCUCGGCAAUCCCGCCAACUACCCCUUCGCCACGAUCGACCCGGAAAAGCUGAUUAUCCAAGUCCUGCUGCCAGCGCUUGCCCACUACGCUCAAAUCUAUGGUAGUGCCAAAGUUGUACCUACCACUCAUACGCUAUGGGACAUUGCUGGCUUGGUACGCCACUGUCUGCUGGGCCACGGGCUCGGCAAUAAGUUCCUCAACGAUAUCCGCCAAGUUGACGGCAUUUUCCAGGUGGUCAGAGGUUUCGAUGAUGAAGACGUCACCCACGUGGAAAACUCAGUUGAUCCCGUGCGUGAUUUGUCGAUUGUUGCUGAUGAAUUGAUCCUUAAGGACUUGGAGUAUGUCGAGCUGGCCCUGGAGCGAUUGGCUAAAUUAGUAAAGAAACCGGGGCAACUGGGAGCAAUUAAGGAACUCGAAUUGAUGGAGACGGUACUGGAAAUGUUAUACGAGGGCCAGCCCGUUAGGGUCGGCGCCUGGCUGGAGGAAGACGCUACCAUCCUCAACAAGUACAAUUUCUUAACGGCAAAACCAUCAGUUUACCUUGUAAACGUGUCUGAAACGGACUACGCUACCCAAACCCUGAAAUAUUUAAAGGAUAUUCGUCAAUGGGUGGCCGAUAGCUCGUUUGGCGAUGAACCUGACCCCGUGGUUUUGGUCCUGGCAGCAGCCGAAACUAAGAUGGCGACAUUGGAAGGGGAAGAACUCAGUCUGUAUGAGCAAGAGCUUGGUCGUGGACUGGCUAUUUCCACCUUAGUGGACGAAAUGCGGUCUGCUCUUGGUCUUAUCUCUUUCUAUACUUGUGGCCCCGAAGAGGCUCACCAGUGGAGUGUACGUCAAGGUUCUACUGCUCCUGAAGCCGCGGGUGUCAUCCACACCGACCUCCAAAAGACAUUCAUCUCGUCAUUGGUGUAUAAGUGGGAUGACUUAAAACACGAGCAGGAGUUUAAUGAGGCCAAGUUGAAACAAAUGGGCAAACAGUUCCGUCACGGCAAAAAGUAUGUUGUCGAAGACGGUGACGUCAUCACUGUCAAGGCCUCCGCCAAAAAGUGA